GUCGAUAUCUGAAAACAAAAUAAAACGUGAGCCCAAAAAAAUAGAAACAACGCUCAACUCCGCAUACUUUGAUUAAACAAUAAAAGAAAUGGCAAAAACUAAAAGAAAUAUACGAGCGAAAGCCAAGAGUGCUGUAGGAGCGGCGAAGCAAAAGGUUCAGCAAAUACAGGCGAAACUAAAUAAAGAAAAUCGCCAGGAUAAAUUGCUACACAAGACCCUCUCUCCAAAGAAGACCAUAUCAAAAAAAGAGAAGUCUGCAGAAAAACACUCAAAAUUGCUAAAACGCUUCGGAGAAAUACAGAAGGAGUUAAAGGAAGAGCAGGCACGCAAAGUUCGAGAGAAAACCAAAGUUGUAGGCGAUUUAAAGCCCCUGCGAGAUGCGCUGCCAUCCCUAGGCGAGAUGUACAAGUUGGUAAAAGCCCAAAAGAAAGAGAAAAAAGAUGGUAUCGUGGAAGAAGCUGAGACAUUGAGUGCCAAAAAGAAGAUCAAGAAGAAACGCAACGAAUAUGUAAACAAAGUCCGAUCAUUCGAGAAGCUAAUAAAAGACAAAAACUUCAAAAAGAAUCCCCGUGAGAUAGUUGCGAAUCACGUACGCAACAGGUAUCAGGUGAUGGAAGAUGAGGACAUGGAAUAGAGAAUCAAGAAAUUGAACACAUGAUAAUAUUGCCUUUGCACGUUCAUUUUAUUUAUUAAGAAAUAUCAUUAAUAUGUGUAUAUUAAUAUAUGUAUAUUUAUACAUACAUAUAUGUUUAGCUUUAUCAUUUAACGAUGCAUAUAAAUAUUACACACAUAAAUGUAAAUGUAAGCAUUAUAAACUAAGGGGGAUGUCAACAGAAUGCAAUUAAAGAGAGUUUUGAAUAUAAA